AUGAGUUGCAAGUGCGAGGACAGUGAGAAAAUGAUUGCUAUUUUCACGCUGGUCAGAGACCGCUGGAAGGAAACUGGAGCUGAGGAACGACUGGGGCCAAUCUUCAGCUUUGCUACAGAUGGAGACUCGACAUGUAGGCCAGCCGGUCACCAAUUAUUCCUCAAGACCGAGCUUUCAGUAACAUCUAAGCUCUAUGGGACUCUCUCUCACAUGCAGGGCCUUAAUCUUGCUACCGGCGAAGGGUGGUGCACGUUGCUUCGCAAUCGUAAGGGAAUGAAACUUGUCAAUGGCCAUACUGUCAACAGCGCAGUACUCGCUUGUUAUCUCGCUUGGCUCCCUGAUCAUGUUGGAACUUCUAUUACGGCAUUUUGA